AGUGUGCAGUGGAAACUGAGCCAGGCGAGAGCGAGAGAAGACGAGCGCGAGAGCGAGUGGGAGCGGAAGAGGACGAGUUCCUAGUCCCGAGUUAAAGCAGGAAAACGCGGAAGACCGCCAGCCCUGACCAUGUCAUCGAAUAACCAGAGCAGCGGCAGCCAGGCGGCAACAAGUGCCAGCGGCCAGCGGACCGCUGGCGCCACCACUGCGUCCACCGAAGCCACAGAUGCCAAUAACAGAGAAUCCGCCGCCGUCGCCGCCAAUAGCGGAGUCAGCAGCAACAACAACAACAACAGCAGCACCGCCAACGCCGUAGCAGCCGCCUCCUCCUCGCAGACUAGCAACAACUCAAGCAGUAGUCCCACGGGCAAGCUGCAUGGCGGCCACACGGCGGUCAACACCAAGGAGCGCGUGGUGGACAGCGUUCCGUUUCCGCCCAGCCACAAGCUGACCCUGGCGGAGGUCUUUGACCCGCGCACCGGCAAGCCGAACCAUGAACUACUGAAGCAGCACUUUGUGCUGGAGGGCAGGAUCGAGGAGGCGCCAGCCCUGAAGAUUAUCCAGGAGGGCGCCGCCCUGCUGCGCCAAGAGAAGACAAUGAUCGAUAUUGAGGCGCCGGUGACGGUGUGCGGCGACAUACAUGGCCAGUUCUACGACCUGAUGAAGCUGUUCGAGGUGGGUGGAUCGCCGGCCAGCACCAAGUAUCUGUUCCUGGGCGACUACGUCGACCGGGGCUACUUCAGCAUCGAGUGUGUGCUGUACCUGUGGUCGCUGAAGAUCACCUAUCCGCAGACGCUGUUCCUGCUGCGCGGCAACCACGAGUGUCGGCAUCUGACCGAGUACUUCACCUUCAAGCAGGAGUGCAAGAUCAAGUACUCGGAGCGCGUGUACGACGCGUGCAUGGACGCGUUCGACUGCCUGCCGCUGGCGGCGCUGAUGAACCAGCAGUUCCUGUGCGUGCACGGCGGCCUGUCGCCCGAGAUACACGAACUGGAGGACAUACGGCGGCUCGACCGCUUCAAGGAGCCGCCCGCCUUCGGCCCCAUGUGCGACCUGCUGUGGUCCGACCCGCUGGAGGACUUCGGUAACGAGAAGAACUCGGACUUCUACACGCACAACUCGGUGCGCGGCUGCUCGUACUUCUACAGCUACGCCGCCUGCUGCGACUUCCUGCAGAACAACAACCUGCUGUCGAUCAUCCGGGCGCACGAGGCGCAGGACGCCGGCUAUCGUAUGUACCGCAAGAGCCAGACCACCGGCUUCCCCUCGCUGAUCACCAUCUUCUCGGCGCCCAACUAUCUCGACGUGUACAACAACAAGGCGGCGGUGCUGAAGUACGAGAACAACGUGAUGAACAUCCGGCAGUUCAACUGCUCGCCGCACCCCUACUGGCUUCCCAACUUCAUGGACGUGUUCACCUGGUCGCUGCCCUUCGUGGGCGAGAAGGUCACCGAGAUGCUGGUGAACGUGCUGAACAUCUGCUCCGACGACGAGCUCAUGACCGAGGAGAGCGAGGAGCCGCUCUCGGACGAUGAGGCAGCGCUGCGCAAGGAGGUUAUCCGCAACAAGAUCCGUGCCAUCGGCAAGAUGGCUCGCGUCUUCUCCGUGCUGCGCGAGGAGUCCGAGUCGGUGCUGCAGCUGAAGGGCCUGACGCCGACGGGUGCCCUGCCACUCGGCGCCCUCUCCGGCGGCAAGCAGUCGCUCAAGAAUGCCAUGCAGGGCUUCUCGCCCAACCACAAGAUUACCUCGUUCGCGGAGGCCAAGGGCCUGGAUGCUGUCAACGAGCGGAUGCCACCGCGUCGAGACCAACCGCCUACGCCUAGCGAGGAUCCGCAUCAUCACAGUCAACAGCAGCAGGGUGGCGGCAACAAUGGUGCCGGACAUGGGUAAGCAGGCUCAGCGGCUGCAGGACGAGAAUGCGGAUGCAGCGACGCGGAGUCUGGAGCGGAGGAGGAGGAGGAGUACAUGGGCGUUGUGUGACUUGGCGGGAGCAGAGUGGAGCGGAGCGGAGCAACACAAGGAACACCAACAAACGGAACCUUAAAUAAGCUUAAUGUGGCAUAGCAGCAACUUAAACAAGUACUAAAACUAAAAUCUAAAAGCUAAAAACUUAAAACUUAAAGCCAAUUCUAAUACUAAGUACAUAACAUUAUAUAUUUCGUUAGCGAUUCAGCACCAGGUCCACGUCCAUGUCCCACUGUCCAUAUCCGUGGCCGACUCCCGGGUCCACCAGCACCAUUUGCUGCGCCAUCCGGAGCAGGAAUUUGUUUUUACGCCGGCGCGCGCACAUUGGAUAUUAGAAUUAUGUGUUGCAGGCUUUGGCGCGCCGGCGCGCGUAAAAAAAGAACCUAAAACUGAAAAGAAAAAUAACUGAAGAAUAACUAAAAACUGAAAACCGAAAAAUUCCCUUUCUCAAGAGCAGAAACAAAACCAACCAACAGUAACCCCAUAACCUUAAGCUUAAGUUCUAAUGUAUAAACCGAAAUGGGCAAAGCGUUAAAAUAUGUAAAACGGAAAAGGAAAGCCCACAAAAAAAGGAUUAUGAGAAAAUAUGAAGAGAGUGAAGAGAAGAUGAAAAUCCAGCGCUAAUUUGUUUAAAACAUUUCUAGCGGCGCCAAAAAGAAGCGUACAUAUAUAUACAUAUGAUUAUAUAGAACGAUAUGUGUAAUGAAGUUCGAUUCGAAUUGAGCGAGAGGAUCGUUCGUUUGUGUAAUAAUAAUCGUAAUCGUAAUCGUAAUCCUUGAAAAAACAAUUCUUGAAAUGUGUAAUCUUGCAUAGAAAACAAACAAAACAAUUUCGAAACAAUUUGCAAUAUGUGCCGCAAUAGUCCAUAAAUGUUCCUUAUACGAAUUAAACAUUUAAAGUGAAACCAGA